AUGUUCUUAACUUGCAAUUUACGUUCAUUUUUUAAAACGAUAUACACUAAUGCUAAACAUUAUCAAAUUCGUAAUGUACAUUAUAUACAAGGUCAGGAACCUGAACCUAAAAUUAGAGAAUAUUUUUAUUUUAUUGAUCAUCAAGGGAUGUUAUUUUUAGAUGAUUCUAAGAUGAAAAACUUCACAUCGUGUUUUAAGGAAAAGAAGUUUCUACAGUUUUUUUUCAAGAGGAUUCGUCUUAAUCAUACUGGCAGAUAUGAAGAAGACUUUCCUUUUAUUUCGCUAUGUGGCAGAGAAAGAAAUUUCAUAAGAUGUGAUGAUGUCCCAAUUGUUUAUACACAUGUUCUAAAUAUUGACAACAAUGAUUUUCUAAGUUAUGGGUAUGCAGGAGACUUACUGGUAUCAAAAUUUAUGCCUGACAAAAUUUAUAUGUUGCCCAGUACAGGCAGAGUAUAUCACCCUACUGAUGAAAAAUAUGGUGGGGUAGCAUUAGUAAAAUCAAAACUAGCCAUUGAAUUUAGUAAAAACUUUGAAUUUCAUAAUAGUGAAACAAAUGCACCUACACAUUUUAAGUGGCAAAAUAAUACAUAUGAGCUAGAUCAGAAUUGGUUUAUGGAACAGGUGAUGAAACAUAAAUUGACUAUUCGAUCUGAAUCAGACUAA